AUGUUAGGAAUACAAAAUUAUGGAAGUUCCUCGGAAGGAGAACAUUCCGACAAUGAAGAAAAACCAAAAGCAGAUGAUAAAAAUACAACUACAAAAACAGCAGAGAAGGAAAAGAAGCAAGAAGUACCAGAUUACCUCAAACCAAUUGAUCCAAAGUUGUCGGUGGCGAAAUCAUUGGCGGUAUGUGCCGCUCCUGAAGUUGUACCCAUGGGCACUGCAGCUGUACAGCGUACUAUAGAUCCCACCGUUAAAGAAGUUGAAUAUAAUCCACGUUAUGAAGAGUUGUUCGCACCCGUUAAGGGGCCAGAAAAUCCCGAUUUGACACAACAGAUGAAAGCACCACGCAAUACAUUGGCGGGUUAUGUGGAAAAGGCACACAUCAAUGCAUUUGAAUUUGAAAAUCAGCGAAGAACUUUUCACACAUACGGCUAUGCCUUAGAUCCUUCGGUAGAUGAAGAGGCGGAUGGACGAUCAUUUGUUGGUGACUUACAGUCGGCCUAUGAUGACGAUGGCAAGACGGUGUUUGAGGCACCCAAGCCAAAGAAGAAACGAAAACAGGAGAAAAACGAUAAUCCCGAGGAUAUUGAAGGUUUUCUUGGUCCAUGGGGUCAGUAUAAAGAUGAACAACGGGUGGCCAAACCAAAUGAACAGGAAAAGGCGGAAUUGGAGGAGAUUUUGUCCAAAAGACACAGGCGUAACAGAAUACCCGAAGAUAAACCAUUGGAAGAGAAAUCUAUAUUGCACAUCAAAGAUGCUUAUGACUACCAGGGCCGAUCAUAUCUACAUGCUCCACAUGAUCUGGACGUGAAUUUGCGAACAGGCGCACCACCAACAAAAUGUUUCUUACCCAAAGCUCACAUACACACGUGGACGGGUCACACAAAAGGCAUCUCGGCAAUACGUUGGUUUCCAAAGACAGCACAUUUGCUACUAUCUGGAUCUAUGGAUUGUCGUGUUAAGCUGUGGGAAGUCUAUGGCGAACGUAGAUGUAUACGCACAUUUAAUGGCCAUCGUCAGGCAAUUAAGGAUAUUGCAUGGAAUAAUAAGGGUACAAAAUUCCUAUCCGCCUCAUAUGAUCGUUACAUUAAGCUAUGGGAUGCAGAAACGGGAGAAGUUGUUUCCCGUUUUACAGCCCGUAAAAUGCCAUUCUGCGUUAAAUUCCAUCCGGAUAAUACGAAGCAGCAUUUGUUUGUAGCCGGUACAUCGGAUAAGAAAAUUAUUUGUUGGGACACACGAAGCGGUGACAUUGUCCAAGAAUACGAUCGUCACUUGGGUGCUGUCAAUACAAUUACCUUCGUCGAUGAAAAUCGUCGCUUUGUUACUACCUCCGAUGACAAAUCUAUGCGCAUUUGGGAAUGGGAUAUACCGGUGGAUAUGAAAUAUAUUGCCGAUCCUACUAUGCAUUCCAUGCCCGCCGUAACAUUAGCACCAAAUGGCAAAUGGUUAGCUUGCCAGAGUUUAGAUAAUAAAAUUGUAAUAUUCUCGGCGUUGAAUCGUUUUAAAAUGAACCGGAAAAAAACAUUUACUGGUCAUAUGGUAUCCGGUUAUGCGUGUCAAUUGGAUUUCUCGCCGGACAUGAGUUAUUUGGUAUCGGGAGAUGGUGAUGGUAAAUGUUAUAUCUGGGAUUGGAAGACAUCCAAAAUGUACAAAAAAUGGCAAGCACAUGAAGGUGUUUGCAUUAGCACGCUAUGGCAUCCGCAUGAGGCGAGUAAAGUUGCAACAGCCGGUUGGGAUGGUUUAAUUAAAUUUUGGGAUUGAA